UCUCAGUCAGUUCUUGGUGAACCGUUGUGCUGGUCGUGCCGUUGUUGCUGCCGUUGUUUAAACUCUCUUUACUGCCAUAAAACUUGUUCCGUGUGUUUAUUCUUGUUGUUGUAGUCUAAGUUUAGGAAACAGCCUAAAAACAAGUGUGAAAAAUGCCAUCAGCGUUUCGCAGGUGCACGCUGCAGGCCGUGCUGCUCGGCUGCCUAUGCAUGGCCAUGUCGCCGUGGAGCGUCAGCGCUAGCAUCAUUGAAAAACUACGUGAUGAUUCAGAUCUGUCGCAGUUUUAUAGUUUACUAGAGCAAAAUAUUAUUGCAAAUUCCACUUUAACACUGCGGCCAUGUACAGUGUUUGUGCCUACGAAUGCUGCAUUCCAGCGCCAUCAUGGACCCACACAUGUGCUCUAUCACAUAACAACGACCCCAAUGACGCAGGAUCAACUUAUAAAGGUCAUACCGUCGGAUAUGGGUGGUAAUCCAUCGUUGUAUAUAACGAAAAAUCGCAAUGGCGAUGUAUAUGUGAAUAAUGCCAGAAUAAUUCCGUCGCUGACGGUCGAAAUGACGAACAGUUUGGGAAUGCGUCAGGUGAUGCAUAUAAUCGAUGAAGUUUUGGUGCCACUUACUCCACUGCCCACUGCCAAAAUUGAGUUCACUAAUUUGGAUGCCUUUCAGUUUCUGCAACAGGCCGAUCUCUUAGAUAUUGGUGAAACUCGUUUGAGAUCGUAUCGUUCACAAGUGACUUUAAUGCGGAAAGAGAAUCUCUACCAAUCGCCAGGUGGACACACUUUUCUAAUACCCAUCGAUGAGGGUUUCAAGCAAACCACACGCAGCAGUCUGGUGGACAACAAAGUCAUCGACGGACACGUCAUACCGAACAAUGUAAUAUUUACAGCGGCCGCGCAAAUUGAAGUGCCACAAACCACAGCCGCAUUUGAGGACAAUCUCAAAGUAACAGUUAGUUUCUUCAAGCAAAAGGACGGCAAAAUGUACGUCAAAUCAAAUACUAUUUUAGGCGAUUCGAAGCACUCCACUGGUGUUGUGCUAGCGGAAAUUGUCAAGGGCAAUAUUCCGGUGCGUAAUGGUGUGGUGCAUCUGAUUCAUCGGCCACUAAUGAUAAUUGAUUCGACAGUGACGCAAUUCCUACAGGACAAUGAAAAUGGUGCUCUACGCAAAUUUUAUGACGUAAUUAUGGAUAACGGCGGCGAGGUAUUAACAGAUAUUAGCAACUUAGGCGAGAUUACAAUUCUAGCGCCUAGCAACGAUGCUUGGGAGGCAAAGGAUGUACAAAACCUCAUAAGAAAUCGUGAGAGGUUACGCGACAUCCUGAAUAUGCACAUUAUCAAGGAUAAGUUGAAUGUGGAGCGCAUUCGCCAGAAGAAUGCGAAUAUUAUUGCUCAGGUGCCAACCGUCAAUAAUCGUACAUUUUUGUAUUUCAAUGUCAACAAUGAAAAUGGGGAAGAAGUAAUAACCGUUGAAGGAGGUGGUGUUAAUGCUACAAUUCUUCAGGCUGAUGUGGCCCAAACUAACGGCUACGUUCACAUUAUUGAUAAGGUCUUGGGCGUUCCUUACACCACUGUACUUGGAAAACUCGAAACUGAUCCCAUGAUGAGCGAUACUUUCAAGUUGGGACAGUUCUCUUCAUUCAAUAAUCAGCUGAACAACACCCAACGUCGCUUCACCUACUUUGUGCCGCGUGAUAAGGGUUGGCAAAAGACCAAACUGGACUACCCAUCGACACACAAGAAACUUUUCAUGGAAGACUUUUCCUACCACUCCAAAUCAAUAUUGGAACGCCACUUGGUGAUUGCGGAUAAUGUGUACACGAUGAAGGACUUGGUAUCUAUGACAGCUGCGUCGGGCGACUCAAUUUUGUUGCCUACCUACAGAGAUUCGUUGAAGGUGAAAGUAGAGGAGGAAGCUGGACAUCUUCAUGAUGAAUAUGCUUCACAUGAGUGGACUGGCUAUGUGAUCACUUGGAACUUCAAGAAGAUCAACGUCUACAGACCGGAUGUUGAGUGCACCAACGGUAUAAUACACGUCAUCGACUAUCCCAUGCUUGAGGAGCGGGAUGUUGUCGUCAACGGAGGUAGCUAUCCGUUAGACACUAAUUUGUGCAUUCUCUUCACAAAUACCCUCAUGAUAGCAAUAGCGAAAUUUCUUUUCUUAAAUAAUUAAUUAUGUGUAUAAACUAAAUUACAAAACCAAAAAAAAAGACACAAAAAAAAGAAAAGCAAAAAACCACUCAUUUUAAAUGAAUUCAAAAAAAAAAAGAAAAGUAAAGCAUCCAGAAAGUGAACAUAUAUUCACACAAUCAAAGUUCAUUGCCAGCAAAAUGACCAUCAUACAUCCAAUCACCAUAUUUGCCUGCCACAUAUUGUAACAUUCAGAUCAUCUUUCGUGCGACACUCACUCUUCCAUACCUUGGAAACCAUCAAACAUUACAUUGGCAAAAAUACAAUCAAAUAUUGCAACCGUCGGUCAUGCACCACAUCUGCACAUUUCAACAUUGAAUGCGGCUCGAAGCAAACAAAUAACAAAUGUUCGAUGAUCUUGUAAUUAUGAAGAACCAAAUCCAAAACAAAUCAAAAAAACAAUACAAAAAUAUAUAUCAUCUCACAACGAAACGAAAUUCACAUGUAUGUAAAUAACUUGUGACCAAAGAAGAAUUGCAUUAACAGUUGUGUUUGCCUCUUGACGCCUAUUGCGGACGUCAUUGACACAUCUUGCAUACACCACAUUUAACCAAUACAUAUUAAGUUUGUUUGUAUGUAUAGAUAUUGGUAUUACCCUUCGUUUGCGCUAUAGUUUAUUUAUUUCAUUUCUGAGUUUUUCUUUAGUAGAAGCAGAGAAUGUUAAUGAAUUGCAAUUCAAAUCAAAAAUGAGAAUUUCAUUAACAUUCUCUGGUAGAAGUUUAGUCUAUUUUUCAAGCAUAUGCUGUUACAGUACAGAACGCUUAUAAAUAUGCAAUGUAUUCUGUGCUCUAUGCAAUCACUGUAAAAUAGCAGUGAAUGUUAUCGGCUUGUAUCAGCAGAGAAUGUUAAUGGAAUUCAAUUUAAUUAACAACGGAGAAUGUUAAUGAAAUUCAUUUCAAUUAACAUUCUCUGCUUGUAUGUGCUAGAUAUGCUAGAUAAAGUCAAAGUAAUGUAAUUGUGUAUAUUUACUAAUUAUCUAAUCCAUUCUAAGCAUACAAGUUUUUCAUUGUAAUUUUUAGCCACAUUCAUAAGUACAUAUGUACAUAAAUGUGUACAUAGUAUAUAUAUAAAUAAUUUUAGUUUGAAUUGGUUUCUUUAAAAUAAAAUAAAACAAAAAAACUUGAUAUUGAAAUUUGUAGUUUUGCUAUAUUACUUGCAUUUUAUGUAGCUUUUAAGUUAAAUUAGUUUGUAUGUAUGUACGUUCUUGCGCCUAUUUAUUUAGUUUAUUUAUUAAAACUUUCAUUAAGUAAUUAAAAAAAAAAUCACCUUUUAUAAGUAAUAAUUCUCUUCAGAAGUAUCAAAUCGCAUCUGAAAGUGAGUAAAAAAGCAAUAUUUUUUUGAACAGUAUUUAUGGCCCAAAUCAUGUAUCUAAAUUUUUUGUCGCUUUAGCGUUGGAACAAUAACUGUUCGACCAUUCAAAUUUAUAGUGUAUUGCAGGCUUUAUAAUAAAAGUGGAUCAUAUGUGGUACACUUUCCAUUAUAAGCCUAAUUAUAUGCUACACCAGAUUACCACUUUUUCGUACUCAUACCAUAUCGAGAUACAUGAUAAGGCGAACGAAGUCCAUCCUUAGCGUAAGUACUAUGAGCUAUGAAAUCAGCCAUGAAAAACCAUUUGCAUGAAAUUUGCAUUGUAAUAAUUGUUUUUGUUAAAUAAAUUAGACAUUGCUAUUUUUUAUAGUUUUUCAAAUUGCAAUUUCGACAUCAGAAAAAAUGCAUACAUACAUACGUGUAUAUUCAUGCAUACAGGCAUAGUUCAAUAAGCAUUUUCAUUAACUAUAUGCAUUCUGUAUAGUGACAUAUGUACAGGCAUACAUAAAAACUAAAAAGAAAAAAUACUUCAAAACCAAACUGCCGAAGUUCAUUAAUUUUUGAGUAGAAAUAUGAAAAGGCUACUUUGCAUUGGCUUUUAGAAAAAGGGCAUACGAAAUUUAUAGGUCAUGGCCUAAGCCAAAAAAGUAUGUAUUGAUUCAUUGCCAUUUACAUGAAAUUUAAAUAAAUUAAAUCGAAAAAAGAGACAAGAUAUUUUAUGUACACAAAUGGCCCUCUUGAAAUUUCAAAAAACAAUUUCAUUUACGAGAUUGCACUUAACAGAUUAUCAAAAACUGGCCUAAACACUUUAAUGAUUUUGAAUUUCACCUUAUUUUGUGUCACAGUAAUCAGAGUUGUGCCUUUAGCAUUAGUUUUAUACGAGGUUUUUAUUGUAUACCAUGUCUUUGGAAAAUCUUAACAAAAUUUGCAUUUGUGAGGUCGCUAUAGGGUUAACAUGUUCUAAAAAAGUAUUCGACGGAAAAUUUCACUAGGGGUAUUCUCAGACACAAUCUUAAUACAUAGAACGUAAAUGCCCACAGAAAAUUAAAAAAAAAGUCAAAUAUGUCCUCUCGAAGUAGGCAACAUCUUUUUUAUGUACACUUAAUGAGACUCCCUAAAAAGGGUCUAAGCGACCUACGACAGUUGGUUCUACGUUACCGGAACGGCCCGUAUUUACUAUAUAUCCGACCAAGGACUGUCACCCAUAUAUGUAUGGGGAAUGUUUAUGAUGUUACGUCAACAACAGUUUGCUUUCAUUCUCAGCGCGCACAACCGCAAUUGCUACUAGGGUUCAAACCGCAACAAGAUCCUCAAAUCGAAAGCCGGCAGCAUUUGACGCAAAAACAAAAAUUGUUGCUGGCGACAUUUAAAUCAAUUGGCCAGCCGUUACUAAAUUACUCUGUACUCGCUUAGUACUAAUGAUCCGCAGUGGAUAGAGCUUCAGACCUGUCAAAGUACUAUUAUCAGGACAGCUACGGGAUGCUUGCUGACAACACCUUAACAACGAGGCUUCCUUGCUACCGGGCAAAGAGCCGAGCAAAAUGAUCACCAAGCAAUUUCUGCAGAAAUUUGCUAAAGCCAGAGCCACCUCGCAGGCGAAUCAGGAGACAUCUCUUCAACUACACCGACGAGAUCCAGAACCAAACACAACUGAAACUGCAACCUCUGGACCGAACCUGUCGAAACAGGACGCUUCCUGGGUUUACCGUUAGAUGAUGACGUUUGGUGACUCCGCACUGGUCGGCCUGCGUAGUGAACUGCUACAACAACAGCAACAACUCUUUCAGGAGAGAGAUAACGCGUUAAAAUGUGCUGCAAAAUUAUUUCUCGUAAAAUUUGUUCCAUUUUUCCCACUAAUUUUAAAAAUUCGCAGGCCACACAAAAAUUACAAAAUAUACUCUUGCAUAAUCAAUUUAAAUAUCACUAUUUAACAUCGUGGACUACCAUCUACUGCUGCAAAAAUCUAGAGUUGAAUUACUGCACUUGCAAAUUUAAUUUAGGAUUCUACGAAAUUAAAAUCUAAUCAAACACUACGAACUACGUCACUCGAACAUCCUGAGAAAAAAGUGAUAUUUCCACUUUCUUGAUUCUCUAAAUUAUUUCUAGGCAGAUUAAUUACUUUUUUCUUCGUCUUUAAAAGGGGGGUUUCUUCUAAAUCAGCCAAUUUAUUCAUUCCCUUUAAACUGCCGAAUACUGCUAGUGUUUUUCAGGCAGAAGUCUUUGCGAUCCUGCAGGCAUGUAGAAGGCUUAGAGAACGUGGAGCGUGGGAGAUAUUAACAUUCUUUCCGGCAGUCAUUAACUCGUGUAAGGCGCAGAUCAAAUAUCUUGGCUGUGCAGGUAACAUUGCUCUGAUCUGGGUUCUAAGACAUAGGAACAUAGAGAAAAGUGAAAAUGCUGAUGAGCUUGGCAGAAAGGGGUCGACUGAAUUGGUCUCAGAUGUCUCCUACCCAGACAUCAGCAUCCCCUUGACUGUUGUUAAAGGGGAAUUGCGUUACUAUUUUUUAUCAGAAUAGCGCAGGAUAUUUCUUCAUGUGCUAUUUCAAAAACCCUUUGGCCCCAAUACAAUACACGGAAGACGCAGAUAGUUCUGGGGUCUCCUCAAUUUUCAAACUCGCCAUUCAAUUUCUUAACUCGUAGCUGUGUUUAGCGGUCAAUGGACGAUCGGCACACUCGCAGGAAAUCUAGGUUUGUCAUUUAGUCCCCAUUGCAGAAGCUAUGGGGACCCUUCAGCGACCGUUGAGCACUUUCUCUGUAAAUGGCUUGCCAGUUAGACGAUUAAGGUUCCGAAAAUCCCCGAACCAAUGGGCAAACGACCUAGCGUCUUUCAGGCUGAAAUUCAAGCAAUUGCAAUCUUUGCGAGAAUAAAUCAUAUGAGGGGCAACAAGGGUGCACACAUAGCUAUAUAUUAUAUAGAUGUACUCGGACAGUCGAGCUGCAUUAAAAGAACUAGUUUCACAUUCUGUGCAAUCGAAACUAGUGUACAAAUGAUUAAACAACCUAAACAAACUUAGUGCAUAAAUGAAAUUGUACUUUGCUGGGUUCCGGGUAACUGAGGAUAAAAUUUAAUAAAAUUGCCAGGAUCGGCAGCAGAUUUUUACAGCCCAGAACCAUACUAUGGUAUCAACUAAACAGAAGCUAAAUGCAUGGUAAAUAGUUGGGAAAAAUACUCAAAGAAAUACCAAUUGGAAAGUCACACAAGAACUCCGUCAAGCCAAAAGUCGUAUAAGACCUUUUACCUACAAUAGGGAAUUGCAUAACUUGUGUAAAGUAGACAUAGGGAAAAUAGUUGGUUUUCUAACAGGUCACUAUUACUUAAAUUACCAUCUCCCAAAAGUUCACAUUGGGAAUUAGACAGAGUGUAGACUAUCUCUGUUGCAUUUAUUCUAUGUUCAAUAGAAGCUGAUAAAAAUAUUUAAGGUAGCAAUGCCAGUCAAUGGGACUAGUAUUAACUACUUCUAAAACAUAGUAGGACGCGAAUGAUCUUUCACAUCCAAGGUACGGCCAUUGGGCACACUUCACCUUCUUCUUGAUUGGCGCGAUAACCGCUUAAGCGAUUUUGACCGAAACAAAGGAAACCUCAAGUGAGGCCGAGUCCUUCCCCACCUGAACUUUCCAACGCAGAAGAGGUGUCCGUAUACCUCUGCUGCCACCAGCUGGUACCGCAUCGCAUACUUUGACAGCCGGAGCGUCUGCAUCCAUACGGACAACAUCACCCAGCCGCCGUUACUGGCGUGCAAAGGUGUACAAAUCUUCCGCAGAAUCUUUCUCUCAAAUACUACAAGCGUCGCUUCAUCGGAUGUUGUCAUCGUCCACGCUUCUGCGCCAUACGUUAGGACGGGCAUGAUGAGGCAUUAUAAAGUGUGAGUUUUGUUCGUCGAGAGAGGACUUUUCUAUUCAGUUGCAUAUUUAGUCAAAGUAGCACUUGUUGACAGGAGAGAUUCUCCUUUGGAUUUCAAGACUAACAUUAUUAUCGGUGUUAAUGCUGGUUUCUAGAUAAGGUAUAGAUAAAAAAAUAUUUUUAUUAUUAAUUAAACGCAAAUUAAACAAAAGAAAGGAAAUUUUUAGCAUACACAAUAAAGGCACAACUCUGCGCACAACUACAACAACCAAAUUUGUAUGGGCAAAAUAGUAAAUCGUAUUUCGAUACUUAAAUUAAUAUAGAAAUUUGAUUUAAACACUCCAGUUAAAAGUUUUUCGCUGUACAUUCUUCUAGAAUUGUAUUGAGUUAACUUUCUGUUACACUCAGAAAAAAUUUCAACAAAAUGGGUUAUUUGGAAAUUUUAUUUUUUACAAAUAUGUAUGUUUAUUUACAUGCAUUUUACAAAUAUGUAUGCUAAUUAGUAUUUGUUCAACAAAAUUUCAUUUUUUUUUUCAAAAAUUUGAUGAUAUCUUAAAUUGAUGUUGAGAACAGAUCAUACUGUUGAACGAUUUUCAAUAUUUUUUAUUGUCAAAAGUUUACGAGUUUACGCUCGUCUUAAUUACAGGGUCCGACACCUGAAGUGUAACCAAUUUAAAAGACCGCAAAUUUAGUUUGGAAAACUACUUUUAUUCAAUUCAAAGUAAAAAAUGUGUGAAAGUAAUACAAAAUUAAGAAUCAAUUUACUUUUGCUCGGUAUAACGACCUUUUGCUUUGACUAUGGCCUUGAGCCCAGAAACGAAGCGCAAGCUGCCCGAAUGUGACGUGCAGGUAUUUUGGCCCAUUCGCGGACAAUGGCUUGUUUCCGCCCCUCGAGACUCGUGAAUCUUUUAGUUUGGACUUUGCUCUCCAAAGGGGUUCAAAGAGAAUAAUCCAUCGGAUUCGCGUCUGGUGAAUUUGAGAGCCAUUGUGUGAACGUUAUGGAGUUCGGAACGUUGUUUUUUAGUCGUUCUUGUUUCACUCGAGCUUUGUGAGACGGUGCCACGUCCUGUUGAAACGUUCAUGGUCUGCCUCCGAAAUGUUUAUCUGCCCACGGCUUCAAAGCAUCCUCCAGAAUACUUUCCCGAUAAUAUUUUGCAUUUAGCUUGACGCCAGGCUCGAUGGAAAGGAUUGGAGAGCGCCGAUCUGCGGUUACAGCGCCCCAAACCAUUACCUGUGACGGGGGCUGCCUCCUGGUGGCCAAUCAAUGACUUAAAUUCUCGUGUGAACGGUCGGUCAAAUAAACACUAUCGUUUUGGGAGUUUAUGAAUUGCUCAUUUGAGAAACUUUUUCGUCAGAAAACACAAUGCUCGGGAAUUGCCCGCUUUCGGCCAAGCGAAGCAACUCCUUCGCUCUCUCAAGUCUGACUUGUUGCUGCUUUGGUGUAAAUUAUGCGCCUUUUAGAUCUUGUAAAACUUGACUUUGACAUUAUUUUUCAGUAUGCGGCAGAUGCUACGGUCAGAUAUUUUCAGUUCUUUCGCCAUUUGAUUCGCACUUCGUCAGGGAUUUCGCUCAAGUCGCUUCUUCACUUUUUGAACCAUUUCAUGUGACGUUGCAGUCGUUUGAUGACCGCUUCCAUGGCAUUUCGCGAUGCUACCAGUAUCAUAGUAACGAGUAGAGGUGCGGUAAACAAAAACUUUAUUUACUUUAGGGUGCUCGAGCUCGCGAACAAUCGCUGGUUGUGAUUUUUCAGCCAAAUAUAAUGCAAUCACACUAUUACGUUUGAAAUCCAUUACCGAUUUUCUUUUUUCGCGUUUAUUCUCGGCAAAAUGCUUCCACGCGCUUGUAAACAAUACUCUGCACUGUCAUUUAGUCAACUUACAGACAGCUGAUGCACAGGCGCGAGCGGUCUGAGGUUGGUUACACUUCGAGUGCCGGACAUUGUAUGAUAAUAAAUUGUUUGAGUUCCUAUAUUUUCCUUCUCUGAGUGUAGCCGCUUGUAGUCUCAGCAUAUUAAAGCACUAAAUAAACGAAAAAUGUCAUACAGAUUUACAUAAACUCGCCCUGCCUGUAUAUUUGUUGAGUGAAAAAUUAAGAACAUGAAACGGUAGUUGUUAGUAUGUAACAAUGUAGUUGUAACAAUACAUACGCAUACUUGCUAAAACACCUACUCAAACAUUUGUAUGUAAACAACAACAACACCAACCAACAGACAUUACUACUAUUAUAUUUAUAACCACAUCAUGCAGUGUAAAGUUUAAUAUAUACAAAAACAAAAUAAUUAACAAUAAUAAUAAUAAUAAUAAACACAAAAAAACACACACAAAAAUACAAAGUCCUCUAUAUUACCAUACCAAACGAUCAAUAAUGAACGAUACUAUGCUAUAUACCUUAUAUAUUUAUAGGUUAGGCAUUAAACCUAGCAACCUUCAACUACUACACUACAUACUCACAUUGUGUAGGUAAUGCGCAGAUCUAUCUGCAUUGAUGUGUGUGUACCAUAAUUCUCAGAUCACAUUCCGAUACUGUUCAACAUUGUUAUUGCUUACGUUAACGAUUACGGUUUUUAAUUCUUCUACUACUACAUACAUAUAGUAAUGGUAUUUAAUUAACAUUUAAAUUACAGUUGUUCAAAUAAAUCAAAUAAAAUUAACUAAAACAAACAAAAAGAUUGAUAAUGAAAUUCAAUAAGUAAUUAGUUAAGCAUAAAAUGAUAUGAAUAAAAAAUUAAUAAAUGAAUACCAAAAAAAAAAAAACAAAACAACAAGAAAAAAUGGAAUUAAAUAUUAUGUUGCAUAAUACUGUGCAUAUUUAAGUAGCUAAAGUAAUUGCAAUAAUAAAAUUAUCGAGCAUAAUAAAUAUACCAAUAAGUAGCUACAUACAUACAUACGUACGCGCAUUCAAUGUGGUAUGCAAAAAAAUUGCGCUGUAGACUAAAGCAUUGUAGGCUAAAUGAAAUUUAUUAUGGUGUGAGUGGUAAGCUAAUCCAAAUCUAUGGCAGCAAACUAAAUGCAAUAUUUGUAAGUUAGAUUAUUUCCAGAAAUUCACUCUUACUAACAUUCUUAAGUAAAUCUGUGCAAAAUAGAAAAUGUGGGUAAAUUUCAAUGAAAUAUAUAUUUUGAAUUGCAUUUUUCGCUGAGAUACAUUUACAACAAAACAGCUGCAACAUUUGUAUGUAUGCCCAGAGUGCGUUCUUUAGACUCAAGCUGCAUUUAGUGGUGACAUACCCACUGUACAGCAGCACAAGUAAAAACACUCGCAGCUGCUUGCCAAAAAUGCUCACAGAGAUCAUCUAGUUCCAAAAAGCGUUUUUCUGUGAAAUGGUUGCAUAAAAUUGAUUCAAUUUCAUAGAAAAUUGUAUUAAAAUGUUUAGAAAAUUACGUAAAAAUUCAGAUAUUUCUCAAUAAAAAGCAUAGAAAAGCUAAGAAAUAUAUUAAAAAUAUUUGUUAUUGUAAAUUUUCAAAGUCGAAGAUAUUAUUAGGCAUUUUUUUCUAUUUUUUUAAUGUAACCAUAAAAAUUCUAAUUUGGCAUUGCAACGCUCAAGCAAAAAAAAAGCAAGCACUUACACCAUUACACACUUGACUGCCUUUCAAACUUAUGUACAUCAAGGCUGCCUGUCAAGAAAUAGGAAGUAGAAGAAGAGUGUUUUUACUUGUAUUUUUUGCACAAUGGCCAUACUUUUAGCCUUAACUAAAACAAGAGCAACCAGCUGUUCUGAUCAAACAUAUGGGCAUCACUGUAAACGAUUACAGGUGCGGCAACAUAAAGCCAUAACCAUAACCGUAACCGUAUGUAUCUACUGAAUUUUGGUUUUUCCCCGUAACCGUAAGCAGCUGUGAAAUACUUAACAUUUAUUUUGAUGUUUGCGAUAAAAAUUUUAAUAUCUUAAAUGAACGACGAAAAAUUAAUUGACUUAGUGGCAAGUUAUUCGUGUGUUAAUGACGAAAUGCAAAUUUUGUCAUUAAUUCUACUUCAAUAUCAGCUGUUUAAGGUUACGGCAUGACUUAUCGACAAAUGCUGUUGAAGUUACGGCUAUUGGCGUUAUGGCUACGGCACUACUAUUUGCAGCUUUAAGCCGUGGUUAUGCUGGCGGACAUUUGCUCAGUGGGCACACGCUGGAAAGAAUAUAGAAGGUGUGGCCAAUAUAACCGGUCCUUAAACGGCUCUCAACGAUUUUGCAUGGGUCAGCUGAUUUGCUGGCGCAACAAAGGACGUGACAGCGGUUUGUUUACGCCAGAGGUCGUCAAAAACUGAGUUUGUAUUGAUGAUAUAAGAAAAAAUCAGCGCACCUAUUGCUUACUUCGUUGUCGUCUGAACAACGACUGUUUGUUGUAUUCAACUAGCUUCAAUUUUUCAUUUCAUUUGUUUUUAUUUCAUUCGCUUUUCGCUCUCUGUCAAAUUUCGUAUGACGUAACAGCCAAAUUUACUCUCACAAUUUUGCUACGGAUGACCAAACCUUGUAAUCUGUCAUCCUUGCGACAAAUACGAAAUGUGUUUGCACUGUUUGGUAUUUGUUGUUCAUUAAGUUUGAGCAUAGUUUUUCCUUCCCAUUGGCAAUACUAACUGAAGUACGAAUAUUUAGUACUUACAAAAAGCGUUAAAGGUGGAUAACGAAACUUCAAAAAAUGUCAUAUUUUCGAUAGAAGAUCACAGAAAUUGUGUGAGAAAACGACAUUUAUUUCGCUGCCAUUUGGUUUACGAUGCGAAUUUCAAUAAUUUUGUCUCUGGCCACAUCACAUUUUACGUCUGUUUGGAUGUACAAAACUUGUUCGCUGUGAGAGUCGACGAACUCUCUGCCUUUGUGUUUGAUGCAGCAAUAAUUGCCCGGCGUUCGCCAAAUAAAAUUUCAGCAUAACCGCGGCCUUGUAAUAUCAAUUUUAUCAGAGGAAUUACUUAAUCGGAGAGAAUAAUAAAUAUCACAAUUUUUUCAGUACCGAACAGUAGAUAUCCACUUGAGAAAAAUUUCCUAGUAAUUGGAUAAGUUGAAACGGGUGUGACGGUUUUCCCCGUGACGCGACAACGCAAAUUUGGGUCUGAUAAAAUUUUCGAAUAAUCGAUGUGCUCGAUGAACAAUGAGGUUCGAAAAUCAUGUUUCACAUACUGCUCACUCGGUACCGCUGCUUUUUCUAUGCUGAUAAAAUCGCGUCUAAAUAAAAUCGUAUGUAAAUACCGCGCGAUAAAUGUCAAACAUCCUCUCAUAAUCAUUGAUCAUCGAAGUAACCUUAUUUCCGACUGUGGCCUAUGGAAAUUUUCUUCUUUUUUUGCGAAUUAAACACGCAAUCGCUCUUAUUUUUGAAAUUCUUACAUUAUCAUAUAAAUCAUGAAUUGUUGUUGAUUUGAUUCAGAGCUUUAAAUAUUAAAGUUAGAGUGAAAGUCUGCAUAAGCGACUUUAGGCCUCUUCUAUUCGCCACUUCUCUGCUCGCUAUCUCUCUGCCUGACUUACUUGACAAAAAAUUUGCUUCUGAAAGCAAAAACAAAGUUAUCGAUCAAGAUUCGCCGCUAGCGAGUAUGCUUAUGCCUCAUAAAACUGGUAUAACUCACUAUUUUACGAACACAUGUGAUUUUAAGCAGCUCUAUUCCAGAGUUGCUAAGAUUUAUUCAUUUAUGCCAGUUGAUUCAUUUAUUCGCCACUUAGUAACGCUUAGCGAAAAGAUGAGGCCCUUUGUAAAAAUUUAGCUUUUAAAAACACUCACGAUUACAUGGUUUGAAGUGAGAUUUUGAGAGUAAAAUAUUUGCAGUGACGCAAUUUUGGAUUACCUGUGGGAGAGAACGGGCAGUAAAGCCAAAAGUCAAAAUAGCCAACUCUUGCAAACGAAAAUGAAAAGUUGGGUUAGAUUAUAAUAUAAUAUAAACAUGGAAAGAAUAAAAAGAAAAUCAUUGUUUGUAAACAAACUUUUACAACAUUUACGCCAGCUUAACAGCUAACUCUGUCAAUUACUUCUUCCUUUUAGAGUCCGUCGAAAACCUUCUGUAUUCUCUCAAUCGUGUAUAAAACCCUAUCAGGGCAUGAUUUAAACUCAUAUGGAAAUACUCACUAAGAUUCAAUAAUAUCGCCUGCGCACUGUGUUUCUGGACAAAGGUUGUAGCUGUACACUUUUAUUGCUUGCAGUCUGAACGUUCUUAAUAUUGGUUGAAUUCAAAGUUAGAAAACCGUUUUUGAGAAAAGCAAAUUUCCAAUUCGUUAUUAGUUAAAAAUUAAACCUGUUUUGCCUUUCUACUUAGACAUGCCUUGAAAAAAACAAAACUUUAAAGAGUAACAAAAAAUAUAUGUUUUAUAAAUUAGUUAUAAAUCAUAAGUGCUUUUUAUUUUCCAUUUCACCUGAAUUUUUUUUUUCUUAUGCUAUUUGUGUCCUUCUUGUUUACAUAUGUAAAUCACAUAUAAAAACAUAAAGAAAAGGAAUGCAAAAAGAAAAACAAAUUAAAUGAAAAAAACCGUAAAUUAAUUUACAAAAAAAAGGUUUUGACCUGUAGAUCAUUAGAAUGAAGCUUAUUCAAGCUUCUGUGACAUCUAAGCACUCAUAUUUCAUACAAUGCAAAAAUAAAAAAACUCAAUUUAUGCUCUAGUUAUAGUAAAUGCAGACAUUAAAUAAACGCAAAUCAAUUUAGAACGCCCACUGUGCACAAGCGCACGGGUAUAGACAGUAGAACAACUUAAACCAAAAUGUAUUGUAUGUAUGUACGAGUAUUUCACAUACAUACAUAUAUACAUGUGUACCUACUCGUGUAUAGUAUAUAUGUACAUACAUAUGUAGGUAUAUUUAUGCAACCUAAUUGCUGUAGUCAGUAGUUACACGUUAAGCUCAUAAGUCCCUUCCCCUUCAAAAUACGAAAAGCAGCAACAACAUUAAGACAUCACGGUAAAAUAUCAUCACACUUUGGCCCGCCCCUUUUUACACAACCAUUACCACACUUUUUACAAACACAUACACACACCAAGUCAAACAAUCACCUACACACGUUUAGAUGAAUAUCAAAAAUAUAAUUGAGAAACCCUAAAACACCGAAUAAACUGUGACACAUCUCACAUCCUUACCAAAAACAAAGAAUUCAUACAUACAUUAAAAUUCAGGAUUCUGUAGAUGUACAUUUAUUUAAUUGAAGUGUACAAACAUACAUAAAAUAUGACAAUGAAAUACAUGUACACAUGCGUGAGAUGUAUGUAUAUGUAGAUGUAUAGGGCGUAACGCAGUAGCAUCGCAAAGUCUUCACUACUAAUCAUAGGAUUCGGUUCAUUAUAACUGCAACAACAAAUUAACGUGUAACUAGUGCCUUACUAAAGUUUAACUAAUUACCUUAACCUUAACCUUACUUUAAUAAAACUUUAAUUUAAUGCAAAAAAUGAGAAUAAAUUACUCAAAAAACAAAAAACAAACAAAUAUGCCUAACACUUUGUAGAAUCACCAGCUUACACAAUAAAACAAAGAACAAUGUGAAAAUAAUGUUAAAAUUAAAUUAAAAAUAAAAUAAUAAAAGUAUGAAAGUAUAAAAUGUCUUGGGCAUGUCAAGUGCUUCUUCGAAAAAAUUUUAAUUACUAAAGUACAUAUACAUAUGGAAAAUCUAUAUACUCAUAUACAUGCAUACAUUAAUCAUAUACAUUAAGAGAGCAUAUUUAAAAGUAAAACAGAUUAAAUUAAUUAUAUUUUAUGAGUCAACGUAGGUAAACAAUAAAAGCUUUCCUAAAACAAAAAAAGAUUUACAUAUAGUUUCUUCUGGGCAUAAGCAGCAAAGCUAAAUUUAAUAAUAAACUGUUCAACAACUUUUAACAUACUCGUAUGUAUGUAUGUGUGCAAAUAAGAACAUCAUUUGAAAUGAAUGUUGGGUUCACAGCUGCCAAUGUAUUUUCGAUGAUUCCCAUAAUGCUGGAAAAAAAAAAACAACUGCCGUUCGGAACCGAUCGAUUUUUAGGCAACAUCUACACCAAGACACAAAUUAGAGGAGAAAGUUGUAAUACUAGUGGGCGCAUACAACCUUGAAAUAUCACGAAACGAAUCUCUCCGAUUUUUCUCCUCUUGAUAGAAAGUGAAACUCUUUGCAUUUUAAUGAUUCCCACAAUACUGCAAAAAAAACAACUGGCGUUCGGAUGCCUGUCAUUUAUGGAGAACAACUACACCAAGACGCACACCACAAAUUAGAGGAGAAGGUUGUAAUAUGUAUUAGAUGGGCGUAUACAACCCUUCUCUGAUUUUUCUCCUCUUGAUAGAAAGUGAAUCUGUUUGUUCUGAUAAAUAAUUGUAAUUAAUUUAAGUUCGACUAUGAAAGGUUAGUCGAGAAGUAGAUGAAGUUGGCAUACCGUCUUCAAAAAAAAAAAACAAAUAUCAAAUAUCACAAACACAAAAAUUAAAUAUCAACGAAUGCAAAAGUUCAGGUGCUAGGCAUUAAUCUACUUAAUUUAAAGCGAAUCUUGGCAAAUUCUCAAAAAUUCAAUUGUUGGCUAUUUCUUACUGAAAAAUAACUUAAAUGGAGGACAUCUUUUUCGAAGUUGUUUUUGGAAUGAAUCGACAAACGAAAUCACGAGUGCUUGCAUAAAAUAUAAAACACUAUUUUAUGUGGAAAUACGUACUUGCGUACAUAUAUACAAGGUGGCGCAAAAUUAAUUACCCUAGAUUUUUAAUCUUUGCAAAUGGGCGUCGGAGGUCAAUCAUAUUUGACACUUGUGAACCAGACCGCAGCAAUAUAGAAACAGCCAAACAAAGGUCAAAAUAAAUUUAUUUUAAACUUUUUCAAUUUUUAAAGUAAAUAGUUUUCAUUACGCAAAAUUUUUUUUUUACUAAAGAAGUUAUUCAAAAACAAAAUUGCGCUACCAUUUACUAGGGCAUAUUUUAUGCCAUCGAGGCAGUAUUAAACAGUCGAUUCCACAUUGCAAAAUACGCAAAAUUCAAACUGACAGAGAAUAGCGCCCUAAGCCUGUCAAUUUCUUUGCGCAAGUUUUUUUUAUGUAUGUACAUACAUACGCACAUACAGAUAUAUCAUAUGUUGAAUUAAAUGUUUAUUUCGAAUAAUUCAAAAAUAUUUUGUGGUUUUAAAAAAACAUAAUAUGCCAUAAAGUAUGGGAAUCACUUCUGAAGUGCGAAUUGGCACCGCUAAUACACAUACAUGCACACAUAUACGAGUAUAUGUAUGUGUAUUGGCAAGCAUUUACUUGCAUGAACAAUGACGAAUGCACACAUACAUACAUACAAACACAUUUUGUUGUUAAAACUAAGAAAAACUCAAAUUGAACGUAUAUUUUAUGCAGUCAGUGUAGCACGUCACGCCCUUCCCGGAAGCAGAUAAUAAUAUUUUGAAAUUGAAAGAUAUAAAAAUACAUAUACACACCACGAGCAUAUACAACAUAUAUACUAACAUAGAUAAGUACAUGAUAAGAAAAUGCAUAUAUUUAUUGAAUGGCAUAUUUAAAUGUUUUGUGAACAAAAAUUAAAAACGAGAUAACCAAAAUCGUAAAUGAACAUAAUGCAAAAAUAUUAUACAAACUUUUACUAAUUUGCUGCUUAAUUAUACCAUUAUUACCUGCAGAAUGUGUAUCUUUUUUAAAUUUUAUCUUAUAAUUGCAAGUGACUAAACGAAAAACAACAAAAAACAAAAACUGAUUUGUGUACACGCUUGUGAAAUGACUAAAAGUGAAGAAAUAAAUAAAAGAAUUUAUAAAUUCUCCAA